AUGUCGGACAGAACAAUGAGACGGCAAGUGCUGCUGUUUAUCUCGGUUCUUUCUUUCAGUUCAGUGAUUGGGCAGGUCAGCUACUCAAUCCCAGAGGAAAUGCCGAAAGGCUCUUUCGUUGGUGAUAUUGCGCAAGAUUUGGGUUUGGAUUUGAGAAGACUGAAAUCAGGAAAAGCUCGCCUUUACACGGGAGGCAGUGCAGAGUACAUCGAGUUAAAUAAAGAAAGAGGAGUCCUCCUCAUCAAAGACAAAAUAGACAGAGAGGUGAUCUGCGCAGAGACGGCGCCAUGCGCUUUGCAUUUCCAGGUUAUUUUAGAUAAUCCUAUGGAAUUUUUUAGCAUUACCGUUGAGAUUACAGAUAUUAACGACAACGCCCCGAUUUUUAAAAAAGGGGAAAUGAAAUUCAAAAUAAGUGAGUCAUCUGUCACAGGAGCAGUGUUCUUGUUGCAACAAGCAAUAGAUCUGGAUGUCGGUGGGAACGGCCUUCAAAGUUAUUUGUUAAAGCCAACCGACAACUUUGUAUUGAGGCUGCAAAAUCAAGCAGGUGGAAGCAAGGUGGUAGAAAUGGUUUUACAGAAACCUUUAGAUCGAGAAAAGGAGGAUCGUUUGUCGCUUGUAUUGACUGCAGUAGACGGUGGUGAGCCGCAGCUGUCCGGUACUGUUCAGAUACACAUCAGUGUGCUAGAUAAUAAUGAUAAUGCUCCAGUUUUUACGCAGAAGGUCUAUAAAUCCAUAAUUGAAGAAAACUCGCCCCCAGGGACGCAAGUGGUAAGCGUUAGUGCUUCUGACUCAGAUGAGGGAUCCAAUGGCAAAAUAUCCUUUUCUUUACUAAAUUUACUCGACAGUGUGUCCGAGUUAUUUGAGAUAAACAGGGAGACCGGCGAAGUUACACUGCUCGGCAACACCGACUUUGAAAAAAAGCGACAAUAUCAAAUACAUGUUCAGGCCAGUGAUGAAGGAGGACUAACUGACUCAUGUAAAAUUAUAGUCGAAAUAACAGACACAAAUGACAAUAUACCUGUUAUAAAUGUCAUGUCAAAGUCCAGUGCGAUAAAAGAGGACAUUAAUCCUGGCACUGUUGUGACCAUGAUAAAUGUCCAAGACCCCGACUCGGGCAAGAAUGGAAAAGUACAAUGUUAUAUUAACGAUAACAUUCCAUUUACAAUUUCCUCAACGUCAAAUACUUUCUUCAGUUUAACGACCGAGAGUGAUUUAGACAGAGAGAGAGCCUCGGAUUAUAAUAUAACGGUGACCUGCUCUGAUGAGGGAGAGCCCUCCCUCUCCAGCAGCGUCACUCUCACCUUACAGAUCUCUGAUGUGAAUGAUAACGCGCCUGUCUUUGAGAGGAGCUCAUAUGAGGCCUACAUUGUAGAAAACAACACACCAGGUCUCUCUAUAUUCACAGUGAAAGCCAGAGACGCUGACUGGAACCAGAAUGCCCGUGUUUCUUACAUACUGGAGGACUCCUCUGUUAACGGAGUGCCAGUCUCCUCAUAUGUGUCCGUUAGUGCUGAUAGUGGAGUCAUCCAUGCAGUGCGCUCUUUUGACUACGAGCAGAUCAAAGAUUUCCACUUCCGCGUGAAAGCGCAGGAUGGAGGCUCCCCUCCACUCAGUAGCAAUGUGACUGUGAAAGUAAUGAUCCAGGACCAGAACGACAACCCUCCUCAGGUUCUGUACCCAGUCCAGACUGGUGGCUCUCUGGUGGCUGAGAUGGUGCCUCGUUCAGCAGAUGUGGGCUAUCUGGUCACUAAAGUGGUGGCUGUUGAUGUGGACUCUGGACAGAAUGCCUGGCUCUCCUAUAAACUGCAGAAAGCCACAGACAGGGCGCUGUUUGAAGUGGGCUUACAGAAUGGAGAAAUAAGAACUAUCCGCCAAGUCACUGAUAAAGAUGCUGUGAAACAAAGACUGACUGUUAUAGUGGAGGACAACGGGCAGCCCUCUCGUUCAGCUACAGUCAUUGUUAACGUGGCGGUGGCGGACAGCUUCCCUGAAGUGCUGUCUGAGUUCACUGACUUUACACAAGACAAGGAGUACAAUGACAACCUGACUUUCUACUUAGUGCUGGCUUUGGCUGUAGUUUCCUUCCUCUUCAUCACGUGUUUAGUGGUUAUUAUAUCAGUGAAGAUCUACAGAUGGAGACAGUCUCGCGUCAUGUAUCACUCCAAUCUCCCUGUGAUUCCGUAUUAUCCACCACGUUACUCAGACACUUUGGGGACAGGGACUCUCCAACACGUGUACAACUACGAGGUGUGCAGGACGACUGACUCCAGAAAGAGUGACUGUAAGUUCGGCGGAGCCGGUAGUCAGAACGUGCUGAUAAUGGACCCCAGUUCUACAGGAACGAUGCAGCGGAUACAGAGUGAAAAGAGCAUCCUGGAUGAACCAGACUCUCCUCUAGAGGUUAGUAUUCUAAAAGACACAGAUUUCCUUCAUCCACUAGUUUUAGGCCUCCUUGUGACACAGUGA